CAAGUCGUUUUGUCAUUCGUGAAUCGUAGUGCACGUUCGGCGGACAAAGUGUCUGAACGUUCGGCUGCGCGUACGCAGUCCUCUCUGUUUACUCGUCAAAAUAUAAUUGUAAAAGUAAAGUGUUAUUUUUUUAUGUCGCACGAGUAACGUUCAUACGAUGGAAGAAGGAAAAAAGAAACUGCCAUAUCCCAAAGCAGUGGGGUUCAUUGUCACAAAUGAAUUUUGCGAAAGAUUUUCUUACUAUGGAAUGCGUGCAAUCCUAUCGCUAUACCUACGAUACAAGUUGGGAUACACCGACAAUGGGGCUACUGUCGUGUACCAUACAUUCACAAUGUUCGCUUAUUUCUUCCCAUUAAUCGGAGCUAUGAUUGCUGACAGUUGGCUGGGACGAUUCAGAACAAUAUUCUAUCUGUCACUCGUUUAUGCGACGGGAAGCAUCCUUAUAUCACUAACAGCCAUGCCGCCUCUUGGCUUGCCACAAAUGGAAAUCACAAUUUUAGCACUUCUCCUAAUAGCAUUCGGUACGGGAGGAAUAAAACCUUGUGUGUCCGCCUUUGGAGGGGAUCAGUUUAAGCUACCUGAACAGGCGAGAUACUUGGGAUAUUUCUUCUCCCUGUUUUACUUUGCAAUCAACGCUGGAAGCCUGAUCUCAACAUUUCUAACACCGAUCUUAAGAGCUGAUGUACACUGCUUUGGUGAACAGGACUGUUACUCCCUUGCUUUUGGAGUGCCUGGUUUACUAAUGAUCGUAUCUAUUGGUUUCUUUGUUGCCGGAAAGAAGCUGUAUAUAAUCAAAAAGCCAGAAGGUAAUAUUUUGGGAAAAGUGUCUGCUUGUGUUGGUUAUGCUGUAGUAAAAUCAGUGAAAAGCAAAGAAAAGCGAGACCAUUGGUUAGACCAUGCUGAUGAUAAGUUUGAUAAUAAUCUCAUAGAAGACGUCAAAUCGUUAUUAAGAGUUCUAGUUCUCUUUAUUCCUUUACCAAUAUUUUGGGCCUUGUUCGACCAACAAGGUUCCAGAUGGACCUUCCAAGCUGACAGAAUGGAGCAAAAUAUCGCUGGAUGGACCUUGAAAGCCGAUCAAAUGCAAGUGCUGAAUCCUUUGUUAAUUUUGGUGUUCAUACCACUAUUUGAAGUUGCUAUUUAUCCUUUCUUGACGUGGUGCAAGCUGGUAAGGAAGCCAUUGCAUAAAAUGAUAUGGGGUGGCAUAUUGGCGGCUUUAGCGUUUUUGAUAUCUGGAAUAGUUGAACUCAAUCUAUUGCCGACAUACGGAACACCCGUAGCUCCGGGGCUGGCACAAUUACGAGUAUAUAACGGUUAUAAUUGUAACUUUACUUUGGCCUUACAAAGCGACGCAAAUAAUACAGAAAACUUCAUAGUCGGGCCGCUGGGAGUAUUCGAGAAGCUAGACAUUGAGGCAAAAGAGGCUAUUGAAUUACCUUAUUCACUCACUGGACAAGAAAACACUGCUUGCGCUAAUGUAUUAUAUAAUGGCAACUUUCUACUUAAGGAGAACACAGCCAACUCUUUCUUUAUUAACGAUAAAACAGUUGAAGGUUUUACUGAUAACAACGAUAAGGCUAUCGAUGGAGUUGUUGUUAGGUUACUGUGCAAUUUAAAUGAAGUUGUUUCAAUCAGAAUAUAUAGCAAGAAAUUGGAGAGAACCGUUUUAGAUUUCCUAAGUAAUGACAUGACACAAAAGUCGUUGGUAAACGGAAAAUAUGACAUUUUAGUAAACAAUACAAUAGUUUUAAAGGACAUAGCCUUUCAAACUGGCGCUGUCUAUACCAUUAAUGUCAAUGAAGAUACAACCAAUUAUAAUGCCAACGCGGUAAUAAUAACACCUCCGAAUAGUAUCCACAUCCUAUGGCUAGUUCCACAGUACGUGGUGAUGACUAUGGGUGAGGUGAUGUUCUCUGUCACGGGUCUUGAGUUCUCCUUCACACAGGCUCCAGCUAGUAUGAAAUCUGUGCUGCAGUCCAUAUGGCUACUCACUGUUGCAUUUGGAAACUUAAUCGUUGUAUUGAUCGUUGAAGGAAACUUUUUAGAUGCUCAGUGGAAGGAAUUCUUCUUGUUCGCGGGUCUCAUGUUGGUGGAUAUGAUAAUUUUCACCGCAAUGGCCUUUAGAUACCAAUACGCUGAAAUUAAAUCAAGUACUGAACAACUACCAUUAGAAGAAAUAAGACUGCCAAAAAAGGAAUAAUUGUAGUUUUAGAAUAUCGAAUAAAGUAAUUUAAAAUUUA